AUAGCACAACUCGACAGAACACCGGCCAUUGGUGGUGCUGUACCCCGUGGAGAGUGCGCUGCCCUUCGGCCUGUCAGAAAUCAGAUCUCCGCGCUGCUGGUUGUUGUGUAUUGGGGAAGAUGGCGUCCGGUGUGCGGCAGGAGCUCGCCCAGCUGAUGAACUCCAGCGGAUCUCACAAAGACCUCGCUGGAAAGUAUCGUCAGAUUCUGGAUAAGGCAAUACAGUUCACAGAUGCAGAACAACUGGAGGCACUGAAAGCAUUUGUUGAAGCCAUGGUCAAUGAAAAUGUCAGUCUGGUGAUAUCCAGGCAGCUACUCACUGACUUUUGCACACACCUACCAAAUUUACCCGACAGCACAGCUAAAGCUGUCUACCACUUUACACUGGAGAAGAUUCAGCCAAGAGUUAUCUCCUUUGAAGAGCAGGUGGCUUCAAUCAGACAGCAUCUAGCCACUAUAUAUGAGAAAGAAGAGGACUGGAGAAAUGCUGCACAGGUUUUAGUGGGUAUACCUCUGGAGACAGGACAGAAACAGUAUAAUGUCGACUACAAGUUGGACACUUACCUGAAGAUUGCCCGCCUUUAUCUGGAGGAUGACGAUCCUGUUCAGGCUGAGGCCUACAUUAAUCGUGCGUCUUUACUCCAGAACGAGUCAACCAAUGAACAGCUGCAGAUCCACUACAAGGUAUGCUAUGCCAGAGUGCUGGACUACCGAAGGAAGUUCAUUGAAGCUGCUCAGCGCUACAAUGAGCUUUCAUACAAAUCCAUUGUCCAUGAAAGUGAACGGCUGGAGGCCUUGAAACACGCUCUCCACUGCACUAUUCUGGCCUCCGCAGGGCAGCAGCGCUCGCGUAUGCUGGCCACACUAUUUAAGGAUGAACGAUGCCAGCAGCUGGCUGCCUAUGGCAUCCUAGAGAAGAUGUACUUGGAUCGAAUUAUCCGGGGGAACCAGCUGCAGGAGUUUGCAGCAAUGCUGAUGCCCCACCAGAAGGCCACCACAGCAGAUGGGUCGAGUAUUUUGGAUCGGGCUGUCAUUGAACACAACCUUCUAUCUGCUAGCAAGCUGUACAAUAACAUAACAUUUGAAGAAUUAGGAGCACUUUUAGAGAUCCCACCUGCAAAGGCAGAAAAAAUUGCGUCUCAGAUGAUCACAGAGGGCCGUAUGAAUGGCUUCAUCGACCAAAUAGAUGGCAUUGUCCACUUUGAGACACGAGAACCGCUCCCGACCUGGGACAAACAGAUCCAGUCGCUCUGCUUCCAGGUCAACAACCUUCUGGAGAAGAUCAGCCAGGCGGCACCGGAGUGGACAGCGCAAGCUAUGGAGGCACAGAUGUCCCAAUAAACCUUCCACUCCCUGCCGCUUUCUGCCAUGCCAUUGCUCCACCUCUAGAUCAAAAAUGAGAGACGCUUUCCAAAGACUUUUUUCUUGAGAGGCCAGCCGUGUGCAGGCUGCCUGAGUUCUCUGUUAAGACGUUGUUUUGAAAGCAGUUGGAUCAGCUGCAGCACAUACAGUAUGUGACGACAUAUUCACAGUGACUGUUUUAGGUUUUGAGGUUCACGUCAUAUUAUUAUGUCAUGGAUAUAGUAUGUGAAGAUGUCUUAAUAAAACUUGUGUAUAUCUGUU